AAAGAGAAAAUGGCUACGACGAUCCAAAGAAGAACCCUUGAGCGCAUCAAUUUCAUCGGAAGAGUCUUGGUCAUCACGGUCACUAGAAGUGCCUCAGUGAUCAGCCGAUGGAUCCGUACCGUCCACUACUUCAACCUUAGCUCGAGACACCCUCUCGUCGUUGGAGUUGGCGUACAGUGGACGCCCUUUCGUUACUACCGUGAUCCUCUACCAGAUGUCCCCACCUUAUGCGUUGGGAACCGUUGCCUCAUCAUACAACUGAAACACUGUAAUCGAACUUUCCUCGCUGAUCGUGGAAUCACUUUCCUAGGCAUUUGGAACAGCCAAGACAAGGGAAAGCUCGAGAGAUGCAGCCAUCGAGUAGAGAUAUGGAGACUUCUAGACGUUAGGCUGUAUCUUUCUGCGAGACUCCGCAAUUGUUCGUUUGAGAAGAUUGUGAAUGAGUAUUUAGAAAAAAAGAUAAGUACGAGUGAUUGGGGCGUUCGCAUACUUUCCAAUAAUCAGAUAUUUCAGGCGUCAGAAGAUUCAUAUGUUUCCUUCAAGCUCGGUGUUAAGCAACGUCUUUGGGAAGUGUGA